UAUCCCAGUAUCGUAAAAACAAUAUUGGAUACAGGAAUAUGCGAGUUAUAUAGAUUCUUUUUACAAUAGAUACACAUUUUAUCACAUCCCACAACAUAAGUGUACAAUGAAUUUUAAUGCAUUAAAAUUGUUGUUUUAUACGUUAAUAGUGCAUACUAUUAAUCCAGAUAUUCCAAAAAAUAUUACAGCAAUUCUCGGAUGGCCUUCGAAUACAAGUAAGUUUAAUAAAACAGUAUACGGUUUUCAAAGAGAAUAUAAUCUCAAAAAAGUCACAGAAAAUAUAACUCAGGAUCAAGGCGAUGACUUCGGACGUGUACCUAAUGAAUUUAUCGCUUUUCAAAUAGAUUUACUACUAAUAUUACAGCAGAUGGCCUACGUGUUCAAUAAAAGAAACCAAAGUGGACUCACGUACAAUGAAUAUUUUGUAACUGUUUGUUCAUUGCUCCCGAGAUGUUUAGACUAUAUAAAUAUUAAUGUCUUUCAAAAUUCAAUAACUGUAAUGUUAAACAAAAUGCAUAUAGUUCUUUGUCAAAUAUUGCCUACGUAUUAUUUAAAAAUUAUCAAUUCGUCACGGAAGGAUACAGAGAAAGAAGUUAUUUUUAAGGAAAUUGAGAGAAAUUUGAUAUAUAUAAUAUCAAUGUUAGAGAAUAAAACCAAAAUUAGUAACAACUUGUUUGAGCUUCAAAACUACCAGAAGGACAGUAAGAAUUUUCUUUUCGCAGUUUACAAUAUCAUUGGUAAAAUCGAUAUGAUAUCAUGUAUGAGAAAAAAACUCGAAAGCCUAAAUUAUUAUUAUACCGUUCAAAAAACGCUUAACGAAAAGAAAUUACAAAAGGUCGAUAACAGAAACAAUAAAAAUAUACAAUUUUUAGAAAACGAAAAAGUUUUUUUGGAUGUGAACAUGAAUUAUAGGGAUAGACUUAAAAAAAAAUGUGGUCUAUCAAAUUAUGAAAUUCGAACAGAUGAUUUGUCUAAGUUUGAUGCAAUGCAUGACUUAUUUGUUUAUACAAUAAAUAGACUCCAACAAUUCUUUUCAAAUACCAUAUUAAGCACUCAAAAAAAAAAUUCACGAAUAACUGAAAAAGACCUAGUAGAUACCGGCAAAAUAACAAAAAUGAUACUCGAAUCAUGUCAAAGUAUAUCUUACAUUCUUGUUUUCUUUAAAGCAAAUAAGUUUAAAGAUGACUUGAAAAUAUUCAACGUGUAUUUUAUGUUCUGCUUCGACUUUACGGAAUACGCCAAUACGCGUUGCAUCAGUGCAUUUCACGGUACCCCACAUGCUAAGCAUUUCAAGGAAGAGAGAGUGAAUUGUUUAUGGGAGUCGGUGAAAAACCUUUGGACGUAUAAUAUAUUCGUUACAACCACUNUCUAUGAUAGCAUCAAACUAUAUGACAAAGAAAUUGGCGUAUGGACCACAUAUAGGUGGUUGAGCGGUAAAUAUUUUCUUACCGAAAAUUUUGAAAACGUAAAUAUGAAUGAGUUAAAAUUGAAAAAUAUAAAUAUUAAAAACGUUACUAUAAGUUUAUCAGUUGCGUAUCAUGCUAUAUUACCGUGGCAUUUGAACACGUUUCCAGUAGGCCUUCUCCAUAAUAUGAUAUUACAGCAUCUAGACAGAACGAUGAAUAUGUACGUUUACCGAUACGCGCUGAUUAUAGAUUUGUAUUUGAAGCGCACAAGUAGCAGAGUCAAUUCUCACAUUUUACAAAGCAUACGAGAUAGUGUUCGGUGGUAUACGGACGGGACAGAAUUGUUUUACAAAUAUCUUGAUUUACCUUUGUUCACUGAUAAAGACCCACAGAGUGAAUCCUUACCAUCUUUUGAAAUAAAAACUAUCAUUUCUAGAAUAAAACAUCUAGAUGAUAACGGUAAAAUAAGUAUCAACGACGUCAUUCCUAAAGACGUACAAGCCGAUUUAUUGAAGUGGUCCGAAACCGAACUUCCAGACAACGAAGACGAAAACCAUCGAUUCAACACAGCUAUAAAUACGAAUUGCAUGGACGCUAUGGACUACAUGAGUACAUUCAUUUCGAUCGCAGUGAAGUCUUUGGACAUCAAAUCUGAAUUCUAUCCUCCUUCUAUUACGUACACUAAAUAUUGUCCGGAAGAUAUAUUUAAUGUUAAACCUGUCGAACAACCUAAAAGGGUAUUUAAACUUAGUACUUAUUUUAUUUUUUAGAAUUUAUACUUAUCUUUAGUUACGAGCUUAAAUCUUUAUUCACUGCGUAUUUUCAUAUAAAUUAUUAACAUUUUGAAUGUCUUGUAUACCUGAUUAUUGUUUGCAUCUAUAUCUUCCACAAAUGUAAUGUUAUAUCUUGAUAAAUCUAAUGAACGACGAAAAAUGUAUGUAAAUGUAUGUAUUUUUUUUAAUUUACCAAUGUCAGGAUAUCACAUAACGAAAAUUUGGAAAGGACUACAAAAGACUAACGUCGUUUUUUUUUAUUAUUAUUUAGUUAUGUAGUAGUGAGACGUAAACGGUUUAUACUUUAAUUGAUAUGUAUUUACUUUUUAGGUUAGGUUUUUUUAUUUCAUCCAAAU